AUGAUGAUGUCAGAUCUGCCAGGGGAUUUGUUAGAGGAGAUACUUUGUCUGGUUCCGGCCGCAUCUCUGAAGCAAUUACGAUCUAGUUGCAAACGAUGGAACAGUUUAUACAACAGUGGGAGAUUCACAAGAAAACACUUGGAUAGAGCCGCAAAGCAGUUUCUGAUUCUCAUGUUGAAGGAGUAUAGGGUUUUUUCGAUGAGUAUCAGCCUCCAUGGAGUUCCAUCUGUAGAGGCCACAGGUCAACUUAACCUAAUCGACCCUCGUUCUAGUUCUAGUUCUAGUUCAUAUGAUCAAUUCGAGGUUUCUAAAGUCUCUCACUGCGACGGCUUAUUGUUAUGCAAUAACGUAGAUUGCACUACGAUUGUGGUUUGGAACCCGUGUACCGGUCAAACCAGGUGGAUACAGCCGUACAAGACAAGCGACAGCUAUGCUCUUGGAUCCUACAGAUACAAUAACAAAUCCCAGGACGAACACAGCUACAAGAUUCUGGGCUAUGGACGGGGUUAUGGCUACGAGAAAGAAUCCGCAGUCUAUGAGAUUAACUCCAAUGCAUGGAGGAUUCUUGACGUAACUCGUGACUUCCACUUAGUAUAUACCGAUUACGGCGUGUCUCUCAAGGGAAAUACUUACUGGUUUGCUUCUGAUGAAAAAGAGGAGAAACAACUCGGCAUAUUCUUAGUUUGUUUUGACUAUACAAGAGAAAGAUUUGGACGUCUAGGUUUUCCGUGUCAUUGUCCUCGUUACGAUGCUGUGUCUCUAUCCGUUGUUAGAGAACAGAAGCUUUCGGUGUUAUUAAAGCGCGAAAACACAUCAAGGACAGAGAUAUGGGUGACAAAUAAGAUUGGUGAGGCCAAAGUGGUGUCGUGGAGCAUGUUCUUAGCUGUGAAUUUUCAGCCUGAUCUAAUUAAUAUUUCGCAUGGGAUAAGUUUCUUGGUCGAUGAGGAGAAGAAAGCCAUCGUGUGCUGUGAUAAUUACUUCGGAAAUGAUGAAUUCUCCUGCACAAACUUGGUCCACAUUGUUGGAGAAGACAAUAAAGUCACACAAGUGGAUUUUGGACCAGUCUACUCAUCUUGGCCGUUUUUGUUUAAUUAUGUUCCAAGUUUGACUCGAGUGUCGGAUGCAAAAGAAAAAUAG